GGAGCUUCCGUCUCCUCCGCUCUCGCUUUACGCACGGACUAUGCGCGCAGGUACACGGACCCUAAUUGGCUCAUUUUCUGCCUCCGCGCCGCGCUAUUAAUCACCUGCUAAGGACUAAUAUGAAAGGAGUGGACAUAGAGGUGUGACACUGAAAGAAUUAAAUAAAAAAGAGGGGGGAAAAAGGAGGAAGAGGAGGCACGUUUUCUCGUGGAUCACUUGUUUUUCCAGCGCGUCUAAAAGCAUGGAUGUCUUGGCGAACCAUAGUAUCUUCCAGGAACUUCAGCUCGUCCACGACACCGGCUACUUCUCCGCCAUGCCGUCGCUGGAGGAGAACUGGCAGCAGACCUGCCUGGAAUUGGAGCGUUAUCUGCAGACAGAGCCCAAACGUCUCUCUGAGCUUUUUGACCAGGACCUUGAUGGCCUCCUUACUCCAGCCUACCUAAAGGAAGAUGGCGAGGAAGAUUUGACAGACUCCCUGCUCCCAAGCCUGCCCCACCUUCAGGACCCUCCAAGUCCACCUUCAAUGAUCAUGUGCCACGCACGGCAGAAUGUACCUUCCUCUGGCAUAAUGACACGGGUCCUCAAACCCAAAGGACAGGAGCUGGAAAAUGCAGAGGGGCUAGAAGGGGUCCACCAGGCUCAAUUGAGUGCCGUCACCUCCCUGACUCCGCCGUCUUCGCCAGAACUGGGCCGACACCUCAACAAACCCAACCAGACAUUGACGGCUACGGCUGAUGGGACGCUCACUUUGAAGCUGGUGGCCAGGAAGGUGGGGCUUAGCGCGGCCCAGCUGGUGGCAGGACAUGCACUUCCUGUCCAGAUGAAGGACGAAGAUGAGGGGGCAGCAUGUGUGCUUGGAGAUCUACCAGAGAACAAGAAGAGGAUUCACCGUUGCCAGUUCAAUGGUUGCAGGAAGGUGUACACCAAGAGCUCCCACUUAAAGGCACACCAGAGGACACAUACGGGUAAGAAAUAA